AUGGAAAUCACUGUGGUGAAAAACUCAUACCGAGAAUACUGGGAGUCGGACGGUGUGAAUUUUUUAUCGGAAACCCCUGGUUUCAGGAAAGUGUUGACAAGGGAUCGGUUUCUCACACUGUGGACUUUUUUGCACAUAGUAGAUGAAAGGGACCCAGAGCUAAAUAAAAAUGACAAAAUUUAUAAAGUCAGACCUUUCCUCAGUACACUUUUGGAGAAAUUCAAGCACCACUACAAACCCAAACAGUUCUUGAGCUUAGAUGAGGGAAUGAUACCGACAAAAAACCGCUUGGCUAUCAAGCAGUACAUCAAAGACAAACCUAUAAAAUUUGGAAUAAAAUCCUUUAUUCUGUGUGAGGGGGACACUGGCUACAUUCUGAGCAGCGAAAUUUACACUGGCAGGGAGGAGCAGGCUGUGGACGGACUAGGUGUUGUUGGAAACAUUGUAUACAGAUUGCUACUUGCCGGAGAGUGUGAGAACAAAAAGCAUAUUCUAACAAUGGAUAGAUACUAUAAUUCUGUUGAUCUGUUCAAAUAUUUGUUGAGAGAACAGAACACCUUUGCUGUAGGGACUGCAAUGACGAACAGGAAACACUACCCAAAGACCCUCAUUCGCAAAAAAAUGAAUAAGAGGGGUGAUUAUGAGUUUGUUUGUCAGGGCAGCUUAGUGGCAAUGGUGUGGAUGGACAGACGUCCAAUCAACUUUCUUUCCACCUGCCACGACCCAACACUGUUUCAACAUGCACGGAGAAGAAAUAAGGAUGGGACGCAGGAAAAUGUUGUAAUGCCUCAGUUGGUGAAAGACUAUAACUCGUUCAUGGGAGGGACGGAUAAGAAUGAUCAGAUGGCCCGUCUGAACAAAACCCGUCGACAUUAUCGUUGGCCCAGGAGACUUUUUAUGAAAUUUGUCAUGUGGGCAGUCUACAAUGCCUAUGUUUUAUUUCAAAAUGUGGAUCCAGAGAAGGCAAAGAAGUACACACUACGGAAUUUUUUGAACGAAUACUGCCUUGCUUUGGUUGGUGAGUACCGCACUGCCGCAGUACAAAGACCACGCGAAAUCGAAGGACAGGAGCUGCCGCUUCGACUCCAGAAUGUUGGCCUGCACUUUCCUGAGAUUGGAGUGGAUGAUACAGGAAACCAUCUGUGUGCAGUCUGUUCCUACAAACACCAAAAGUUUAGGAAAGAAAACCCAGCUGUUCCAUAUAAGGACUGCCCUGUGAAAGCUGUCAAAUCAAAUGUGAAAUGUGGAUAUUGUAACCGACAUCUCUGCAUAAAAAAAGGAUCAACCUGCUGGAAAGACUGGCAUACCAAGUCAGAAUAUUGGCGUUAA